CCGUAGAAUAUUUUCUUCUCCGCUCUCCGCCUUCCCUUCCCAUCAAACAGCUGGAAACAUAUAUAUGAAUUGACAACAACGCGCCUUGAUAAAAAAAAGAAUGUCGAGUCGGAAGAGAAUAUCGCAAGCUUGUAGACCGUGUGGCGUCAAGAAAAUCAAGGUAGAGUAUAAUCCCUCUCUCUCCCACUCUCUACACGCGAAAAACGACCGCGGUCAUUGACUAGUCAAUUCAGUGUGAUGGCGGGGCGCCUGUGUGCGGACCAUGCCAGAGAAGAAAUGCCGAAUGCUCAUACGGUAUAUCGAAGCGUGGACAUUUCCCGCGCAAAUUAUUAGAAGGGAGGUGUGUUAAUUUAAGACUUCAUUCCAUAAAAAAGAAACCUGACUGAUUGAUAUACUGACUGAACAAUUAGCCCUUCAAACUCAAACACUCCUCGUGAAAACUCAGCUAUUCAGCCGUCUUUUCAACUACCACCAGGAGGUAACCGCCCUGUUACCAUUUCUGACGCACAAUCCAUUCAGCCAGGGCCCGUCAGGCAACCCUCGACUCUGGCCACAAGCUCGUCAGCGCAAAGGAAAGAUAAGAAAUAUCCUUUUAAUGCUGAGGUUUCAAAACGUUUGUUCCAGAUCUACUUCGAUUGCAUCCAUCCGCUAUGGCCUAUCCUGUACAAGCCAAUGUACACUUCAUUCGAUUAUACGUACCCUUCGCCAAGCAUACCAAAUGUUUUGGCAUCUGCAAUGUUCGCAAUUGCGGCUUGUGUAGAUAGACAUCAACCCUUUCCGCAGACAUACGAUGAUCCGCAUAUCACGGGUCCUGCAGAGCCUCACUUUUAUUUUGAAGAAGCCUUAAAUUUGCUGCAGAGAAGCAAUGGCAGCAACGAUAAAACAUUAAAAAAUGCACUUACUCCCUCCAUAGUAAACUGUCAAACCUUGACGAUACUUGCACUGCAGCAACAUGGAGUGGCUGAAUAUUCCAGAGCUGCAGUAUUCUGUGGACUUGCAUCAUCAAUGGCCACCGAAUUACGCUUGCAUAGACCUCACGAAUCGGAUGGCCCACAGCGUGAGAUUCGCUAUCGUCUUUGGUGGAAUCUGUUCAUCCUUGAGAAGAUGAUUUCUUGCGAGAUGGGUAGACCGGUGAUGCUUAGAGUGGAGGAGACUGAUACUCCCUAUCCUUCAACCUCGGAGGCAGAUGAAUUUGAAUUGCUUCCUGCUAGAACGAAACUACAGAAUUCGACUAAUAUUCAUAGCACGGGCAAGAUGCGUACACUCUCAGUCCUCGUGAUGUCUAUCCAACUCGCAGUCGUAAUGGAGAGACUUUCAAGAGAAGUGUAUGGGCUAAUGAGUAGAAGAGCAAUUCGUGAGGACCGAAGUUUUGGUGAAGCAAAACGCAUAGAAAUAUGGUCUGCUUUUCAAGAAUGGGAGCGUAGUAUCGAAGCCUCCCCCUUGCGCUUGGAUUUAAGCAAUAACCUUACAUCAGUCUCUGGUGUCGUUACUAAUUAUGUUGUAAGUGCGCAAUAUAUUUGAUAUCUAGCCCUUACUCAUUCAAUCUAGAUCAUGCACUCCGGGGUAAUACUUUUACAUCGCCCGUUCAUUGCUAGAUGGGUAUCAAGCCCUGCAAGUACCAAUGCUUCGGCGCACCCACUCAAGAUCUGCCUAAAUAGCGCGAAUGCGAUAGGCACUAUCUUAGAGAAGUACUUUGAUGACUUCUAUGGCCUACCAUGCGACAUGGUAUUUAGUAUUUUUACAGCUGCAAGCACGCUAUUGUAUCAAUCGAAGCAACCGGAUGGAGGUGACAAUGCGGAAUCGCAACGUCGCCUUAAGAUGUGUAUACACUGGCUUUCUGUUCUUGGGAAGAGUUGGAAGAGUGCUGGAGCUCGCCAACAGCUUUUGGUAGACCGUAAGCCCCUGUUUUGCAAGUUCACAAGUUUUUACUAAUUUAUUCAGUAUCUGCAAUGCCGCGAGAUGUUAAUAUGACAACUCUAGCCAAUGCAGCCGCAGCUAUCGAUGCUCAGGAGUCGACGACCUCACAACUUCUAUCUGAGCAAGAAUCGAUGUAUGCACGACAUUCGACAGCAGAUGCCACGUCUGGCGUAGCCAAACCCAUGGCACCAACAGAGGACUGGGAGUUUUUGAGAGGGUUUGGAGAUUCUUCUGAUGAAUUUUAUGUUCUAGAUGAGGAACUCCGAGCUCUUCUCGAGAGCGAUCAACAAUGGAAUCUCUAAGUUCCUGUGGACAUUUAAUAGGAAUAGGCUACCAGCAUAACUACUCCUAUUAUUCUCAAUUCCACAGCAUUACCAUUCCUUACAUCUCAAUGAUCCCGAUGGGUCCAUUAUAUCCUCUCUCCCAAAGCCGAAGUAAAAUAUCGCACCGAAAAACAGCCAUCCACCCAUAACAACCACGCUAUAAUUCAUGUUUUG